AUCCCUUCCUCCAGCCUGCAGCGACAAUCACUCCUGGACAUGUCCCUGGUCACGCUCCAGCUCUGCCACAUGCUAGUGGAGCCCAACCUCUGCCGCUCAGUCCUUAUUGCCAGCACAGUCCGUCAGAUCCAGGAGGAGAUGAGCCGGGAUGGUGUGUGGCCUGGGGGGCACCACUUGACCGCCUGGUGUCCUCGGAGAUCGAUCCUGCGUCACACAGCGAGAGGGUCCGAGGGGGAGUACCCUGGUCCUGAACAAGACACUGGCCCCUGCCGUCUGGCUUCUGAACUUUCCAUGGUCAGCUCAGUACAGGAUCCAAGGAACCCUCAGAGCAACCUCUGGGAGAUGGACACCCCUCAAGAAAACAGGGGAAGCUUUCAGAAGUCACCAGAUCAGAUAUUUGAGACCCUGGAGAACAAAAACUCCAGCUCCGUGGAGGAGCUUUCCUCAGACGUGGACAGUUCCUACUACGACCUGGACACAGUGCUGACUGGAAUGAUGAGUGGCACCAAGCCCAGCCUCUGCAAUGGACUCGAGGGCUUUGCAGCAGCCGCCCCUCCUCCCACUUCGAGCUGCAAGUCUGACCUGGCUGAGCUAGACCAUGUGGUAGAGAUCCUGGUGGAGACCUGA